AUGAUAAGAUAUUUAUUAAAUAAUAAAAAAACAAUUAAAGUUAUUACAACAACAAAAUCAACAACAGGUUGUAAUAAAAGUAUUGUCAAAUAUAGAAGCUUUUGUACAUCCAAUAAUAAUAGUAGUAAUAAUAAUAAUAAAGUUGAAGAUUUUUAUGAUGCAGAAAAACCAGAAACACAAACAUUUAAUUGGUUUAAAAGUAAAAUAGAUAAAAAAGUUACAACUUAUGUUAAAGAGGAAUCAAUAUCAACAGUAUCAUCAAGUUUAAAAGAACAACCAAAUGAUGGUAAAACAUUUGAAAAGAAAUUUGAAUAUUAUUUAAAUUUAGUAAAUGAUGAUUUUUUAAAGGAGGAAUUAAAGAAUGCAAGUGAAGAAAUUCAAAAUAAUUCACCAAUUGAUAGAUCAAAUUUAUCAUUUACAACAUUAGUUAGAGUAUGUGGUAAAUUAUCAAAUGAAGAAUCAAGAAUAAAAGAAAUUAUUAAAAGAUUAUUAUCAUUAAAUGGUAUAAAUUUAAAUAAAAUCAAUAAUAAUAAUAAUGAACAUGAUUCACCAUUAAAUAUUAAAUUCAAAUUAUCACAAGCACAUUUAAUUAUGCGUGAUUAUUUACUUCGUAGUAAUUCAAUUAUGGUUGAACAAGUUUUUAAAUUUAUAAAUUCAAAUUUAGAUCGUUUUGAUGUUGAUAAUGAUGAUGUUGAUAAUAAUAAUAAUAAUAAUAGUGAAACUUAUUAUAUAUUUAUUGAAUCAUUAUCAUCAAAUGGAGAUAUUUCAAAAUGUUUAGAAUUAAUUAAAGAAAUGGAAAUAAAACAAAUGAAAAUCGAUGAAAAUAGAGUGAAUAGAUUAAUUUGUAUUGGUUAUUCAAAUUCCAAUCAACCUGAAAAAGCAUUAGAAUAUUAUAAUACUAGCUCAAAUAAUGAUGAUAGUGAAAAUUUAGUAAUUUUAAAUUCAAUUUUAAAUUGUUUUUCAAGACAAUAUAAAAUUGAUAAAAUGGAAAUGGUUUAUAAUGAUUUAAUGAUUUCAUCAUCAUCAUCGUCGUCGUCGUCUCAAUCAAAGGAUAUCAAAUUAUGUGAUUAUAAUACAAUUCAAUAUUUAGUUGAAGGUUAUUUAAAAGUUGAGAAUGUUAAUAAAGCAAUUGAAAUUUUAAUUGAAAAAGAUAAUCAAUUAAUGAUGACCGGUGUUGGUACUCCAAUUACCACACAAACAUUUCACCAAAUUUUCAUAAAAUUAGGUAAACAAAAUAGAUUAAAUGAAAUGAUAGAUCUCUUUGAAUGUUUAAUGAUGAAAGCUGGUAAACCAAUCGUUGAAUCGUUACCAAUUGAAACAGAUUUCGACAAGUUAUCAGAGAUUGGUGAUGGUUUAGUUACAACUGACUUCACACCAAAUAUAAAUACAAUCAAUGUUUUAAUAGAUUCCUGUUGUCAAUGUAAUAACAUUGACAUGGCAUACGAUCUAUUCAAUACUUUAAUUCCAAAAUUCAAUUUACAACCAUCAAGUGAAACUUAUUCAAUCUUGGAAGCAAUCUCUUUUAAAUUAUCACGUACUGAUUUAUAUAAGAAAUAUUGUGUUGAUUAUUUUCAUAUUAUUAAAAAAGAAGAUUAA